AAAAAAGCUUUCAAUUUUCAAAGUCUUCAUAUUCACUUGACUCUUUGUUUCAUAUUUAUCUUUAUCAGAAAGAAAGAAGAAAAAGGAAAAUAAAAGAAUGGGUGUGCAGACGAUUGAUUUGUUGAAGGAGGAGCUUCCGGUGCACCAAGAAUCUCUGCAUCUCACCGGUGACACCAAGACCGGCCUUGUCCUCGUCGACGUCGUUAAUGGCUUCUGCACCGUCGGUGCUGGCAAUUUGGCACCAAGACAGCCUGAUAAGCAAAUCUCUGAAAUGGUGGAUGAAUCAGUGAGACUUGCCAGAGUUUUCUGUGACAGAAAAUGGCCUGUCUACGCGUUCCUUGAUUCCCAUCACCCUGACAUUCCUGAGCAUCCUUACCCUCCUCAUUGUAUUGUUGGAACUGAAGAAUCAGAGCUAGUCCCAGCUCUGAAAUGGUUGGAGAAUGAAGGAAAUGUGACCCUUCGGCGUAAAGAUUGCAUUGAUGGAUUUCUUGGUUCAGUUGAGGAAGAUGGCUCUAAUGUGUUUAUCAAUUGGGUUCAGAGUAAUCAGAUCAAAGCUAUCUUGGUCGUAGGAAUAUGCACGGAUAUAUGUGUGCUAGAUUUUGUAUGUACCACUUUGUCUGCUAGAAAUCGUCGUCUCCUUGUCCCUCUGGAGGAUGUGAUUGUGUAUUCCCGUGGUUGUGCCACUUUUGAUGUUCCAGUUGAUGUUGCCAAAACUGCCAAAGAUGUUAUAGCUCAUCCCCAGGAGCUAAUGCAUCACAUAGGCCUUUACAUAGCCAAAGGAAGAGGAGCGAAGGUAGUGUCGGAAGUGUCAUUGGAUACAGAAAAUCCAUGAGGCUUUCUCUUUGCGAGGGGGUGCCUUUUCUAAAUAAUGAACUUAUGCUCUCUAUAUGACGAGUUGUCUUCAUCAGGCAGUUCACAUGUUGGGAGGAAACAAGAAGGGUAACUGAAAAUGGUGUGUUUAGAAGUGAUGACCCAUGAUGGCAGCUGGAAGGGUCACAGCAUAAAGAUAUAUUAUAAUUUGCUUUGUUACUAAUAAAAUGGUGUGUUUAGAAAUGAAACAAGAAGAGUAACUGAAAAUGGUGUGUUUAGAAGUGAUGACCCAUGAUGGCAGCUGGAAGGGUCACAGCAUAAAGAUAUAUUAUAAUUUGCUCUGUUACUAAUAAAAUGGUGUGUUUAGAAGUGAAACAAGAAGAGUAACUGAAAAUGGUGUGUUUAGAAGUGAUGACCCAUGAUGGCAGCUGGAAGGGUCACAGCAUAAAGAUAUAUUAUAAUUUGCUCUGUUACUAAUAAAAUGUACAGAUAAGCUUUACACUUUGCACUCUAUUUCACUGUAUAAGGCUACGACUGUCUUUGUUAUGUGCAUUGGCAGCCUGCGAUUUCGUGUUUGA